AUGGGGCUCACCGGAAAGCAACUACGGCUUGCUCAGCUGCUACUUGUAGUCAUGCCAGCGUUUGUGCUUUUCGGUUACAAUCAAUCAGGUGUUGGUGGCCUCCUAUCGCUUCGUGAUUGGAACCAUAAUUUCCCCGAGAUUGAUACAAUCGAUGCUCAGGGUGCUGAAAAGAGUCAGAAGUCAACAAGACAGGGUGCUGUAGUGGCAUCGUUUACAAUUGGCGCACUCUUUGGAGCUCUAUCCUGCUCUUGGUCUGCGGAAAAAUAUGGACAUCGCAAGAUUAUCUUUACGGCCGCCUUCCUGACACUUGUGGGAGAAAUCCUCCAAUGCACCAGCUUUCAUGUUGCGCAAUUCGUUGUUGGAAGAAUCAUUCUAGGAUGGGGCGUUGGAGGCAUGAGCGCAACAGUUCCUGUUUGGCAAUCGGAAUGCUCGACAACCGCAAACCGCGGCAAACACGUUGUUCUCGAUGGUGUCUUUAUCCUUGCAGGCUACAUGCUUGAGGCGUGGAUUAACCUUGGGUUUUUCGAGAUCAAGGACAACCUACCUCUACAAUGGCGGAUCCCGCUCGCUAUCCCGACUCUGAUCUCAAUCGUGCCCAUGGUUGCCGUCUUUACGAUUCCGGAAUCUCCAAGGUGGCUUUGCAAACAAUCUCGAUAUGAAGAGGCGCGUGUGAGCAUGUCCGCUUUCGAGGGACUUGAUUCUACCGAUCCCGUCAUCAGUGACGAGAUCAACGGUAUUGAACUCGCACUAGAGGAGACCAAGGCCCGGGCUAAGAUAAGCGACAUCUUCACCAUGGGCAAGGAUAGAUUGUUCUACAGGUUUUCCCUGUGUAUUUUUCUACAAUUUGCACAACAAAUGUGUGGAGCUAAUCUGAUAUCGACAUAUUCGACGAUUAUCUUUCAACAAGGCCUCGGAAUGAGCAGUGAGAUGUCUCGCAUCUUAUCAGGGGGAGCUCUUACGUGGAAGUUUCUCUCUUGCUUUAUUGCCUACUUUACGAUUGAUCGAUUCGGUCGCCGCAAACUCUUCAUGUUUAGUGGUUGUGGAAUGGCCUCGUGCAUGUUGGCCCUUGCCGUUGCCUCUAGCUUCCCAAAGAGCAACUAUGCCGCACAGAUUGCCUCAGCGUUCUUUAUCUACUUGUUCAACUUCUUCAUACCUAUUGGGUUCUCUGGAGCGAACUUCCUAUACUGUACUGAGGUCGCCCCAACAAGACUUAGGAUUCGCAUGGCGGGUAUAUCAACCGCGAAUCACUGGCUGUGGAACUUCGUCAUCAACAUGGUUACCCCCGUGGCGAUUGAAACUAUUGGCUGGCGAUACUAUUUGGUAUUCCUGUCUGUGUCUGCUUCAAUUGUUCCAAUCAUCUACUUCCUUUACCCAGAAACCAUGGGCCGCAGUCUAGAGGAGCUUGAGAUGAUGUUUCAGGAAAGUGGUUCGAUUCUAUCGCUUGUUCGAGAAUCGAGAAAGCCAAUUGUAGGGUCACUUGUACCAGAGUACAUAAUGGAAAAAGGCGAACAUGGCAAUGUCGUCAAACAUAUAGAGUAG